GUUGAGUUACGCUCCCCACUAAUCUAACCAGAAGACUCCCCGGAGCACGGAAGGUUUGCAGGACGCUCACGUGUGCAUCCAUCCAUCCUCAGCACAACCCUCAAAUGGCACGAGCGUGUCGCACUCGUGACUUCCUUCCCUUGCUGCAGGAUCCCUGCCCUAUGCCGAGAAACCCAGUCAGACUCUCAGCAAAGAUGCUUAUGGCUCAGCAGGUGCUGCACCUGGCCAAGUCAAACUGCCCGCCUGGGGCACCAGCAGCACCAGAGAGAACCACACCGAACGCUGGCUUCUGUCUCCUGCCGACCCACAGCAGGCAAAACCUCCCGAUAUCAUCUCCUUUUCAUCAGACAAAAAGAAACGUGCCAAGCCGUCACUAGAGAACAGCACAGGGCUGAGGAAACACCUCCUGUGGUAUGGAGGGGCCCUGCCUCUGGAGAGCCCGACUGAGGGGCCUUCUCCGGCCUCCUUUGACUUCAAUCACGUGAACAGAAAGCGCGCGGAUAGACGGCUGGCUGAGGCUGCCAACAGUGUGUCAGCUCACUUCCAUCACGCAGCGUCUUCCUAUCAAAAGAUGACAUCCUUCGUGGAGGCUCAUUCUUUUCCAGACUCUGGAGCAGUGGAGUCAGAUGAUCCCAACACACUGGAUCACUUCAACCGACCAGGCAAGAUAAUCCCCUAUAAACAUACUGAUCUCUUCAAAAAGAUCAGCAAACCCUCCUGGGUCACCAACCGCCAGUCAGCCAGCUUGCCAUAUGACUUCACUGCGCUGAAGAAAGAUGGUGACAAGGAGAAGGCAUGUCUGACUGAGUGCGAGAAGGAGAGAGACGAAGUGGAGGCCUACUGUGCGAGUGAAUUCGCAGUGAACGGAAUCGUUUAUAACAUGGAAAGACUGGGGAAUGGAGUCCACUUGGUUACGCUUUUGGUAAACAGCGAUGGAUUGUACAAGAUGAAUCGCCUGUACAUUAUUCCUGAUGGCUUCUUCUUUCGAGUUCACGUUCUAGUUGUGGAUACUUUAAACUGCAGUAAACCGUGUCCAGACUUUAAACUUGGCAGUAGAUACAUUGUGAUGGGUCGGAUCUACCACAAGAGACGACAGAUCCCCGCAAACCUGCUGCGGUUCCUGCGAGGGCGCCUGAGGCCAGGGGAUGGUUUGCUUAGAAGCGGCAGCAGCUACGUGAAGAGGUUCAACAGGAAGAGGAAUCGCAAAGUGCAAGCGGCUCACACUAAAUGUAGAUAAGGCUCCCGGAACCUCCCUUUGGGACACUGGCAGCAGCAGCGUUCACCUACCAGAAUAAACCCGGCCAUGGUUUAGCAACAGCGGGAGGUUGUUCUCAGUGCUGAAGCCGGUUGUGAUAGGACACUGGCUUUUGUGCUUGAGCAAACACCGAAUGUUUGGACAAGGUACCCAGAUGUGGGGAAGUUUAGCACCAAAGUCAGUCAAGGGAAUGUUAACUGCUCAUGAAUUUGCUCCAGCUGUUUUCAGAGCCAUGGGUUGUUGUUGCCUCCCCUGCUGUACCGUAGCCCUCAUAACCUGUAGUAAUUGUAAAGUAAAACUGAGGAGGCGUUGUUCUAGGUACACACGGAGUAACGGCACUUUCCAACCCUUAACCCUGAACAAAUGUUAGGUGAUACCAUAGCUUUAUCUAUAGAGGACGUCCGUUGUUUUCACACAGUUCUGCGUAAAGUAUUACAUGCAUUUGAUUCGAAAGAAACCAACAAAGCCAAGUGUCAUUUGUAUUGCUCUGGUAUCCUCCAACACGUCCAUUCCACUUCUAAAAAUUACAUCAUCCUUCAGAGCUGGUUUUUCACGCGAAGCGUACAAAAUAGCUGUGUAAUUAUCUGAGUACACGAACACACUCACUGAAAGCAAAUGAAAUAACUGCACAACACAACUGCCCAAUUAGGCUUACAAAUAACGGCACAAGUUCAUGCCAAGGAAUGCAAAAUAAGCAUGCAACUGCACGCACGUUCUGUACGCCUGGUUACGCCGUCAGUUCCUUAGCAGCUCAGUCCUGGAACCAUGGACCGAAUGUCAUUUUCC